UUGGCGCUUCAUUCAUCAAAAUCCAACCCUAAUUUUGCCUCGUCAAAUUUUGUUGGAAAUACCUUAUCUGGCUGGAUUUCUUGUUUUAAUUUUUGUAGCGGAUGCGUUAUUAGAGGUGUGGCGGUGUAGAAGGACUUGUUGGAAUCAAAUUCAUUGAUUGAUGCCGCCGGAGCCAUUGCCAUUCGAUCGGAAGGAUUUCUUUAAGGCGAGGAAGCCGUCGUCUUCGGACCCUGUAGGAACUGUCCCGCCGCAAUGGAGAGAGCCGCCAACUACUCCUUCGAAUCAUAACAAUCGUGGAUCCUCUUCGUCCUGUCGUCUGGCCGGUGGUGGCCCCUCUGAUUUCCGCCAACCCUUUUCCGGUUAUGAUAAGGCGGUUAGUGGUGGGUUUCAUGUUACAACAGUGGAGUCUGGAUCACGUGAAUACAAGUAUUGCAAGAACGAUAACAGUAAAGAGAACAAUACUAACAAUAGUAGGAUGUCAGUGGCCUUGGGCAGUCAGAAACCCCUGAAAGGAGGAAACUCAUGGGCGACCACUCUAUCACUAAACGGUAACUCUUAUCCCCUUACUGACUCUGUAAACUCAUGGGAGCAACUUCAGUUGAAUGACCAACAUGCUAAGAAAAAUGGUGGUGAAGUCAGUACUACAGGCAGCCAGGGACUCGACAAGGAGGAUUCACUUGAUUGGAAGCCUCUUAAAUGGAUCCGUUCGGGAAGCUUAUCUUCAAGAGGUUCUGGUUUCAGCCAUUCAAGUAGCUGUAAGAUCAUUAGGUUGGAUUCCCUUGAUACCAAGAUAGAUGCUCAACUGGGUAAUAGCACUCCUGUUCAAUCCCCUUCGGGGGAUGUUGUCCUUUGUCUGACACCAAGGACCCCUGCUGAUGAGGUUUCUUCCCGUAAAAAGCCCCGCCUUGGAUGGGGUGAGGGGUUGGCCAAGUACGAGAAAAAGAAGGUUGGCCCUUAUGAUAUUGUUGAUAAAGAGUCUGGAGCCAGAAAUGGAAUGGUUGAUGGUGUCAGCUGCUCAGAACCUUUGCUUUCUAGUCCUUCUAAUCUACUUGAUAAAAGCCCCAGCCUUACCGGUUGCUCAGAAUCUGCAUCUCCUACUACUCCUUACUCAUUUGCUUGCAGUUCCUCUCCAGGUCUAGAAGAGAAGGAUGGAUCUAUUAAGGCAGCUACAGUGGAUAAUGGUACUUGUAAUCCUAAUGUUGCUUCUUUACAUCUGUCUCAAAACCACACAGAGGGAUUAGCUUUUAACUUGGAGAAUUUGGAAAUUACUGAAGGCUUUAACUUGAGCUCCUCACUUGAAGAACUGCUGCAGUCUGAUGAAUCAGGUGCUCCAGGGAAUGGCUUUGUAGAAUCUACUGCAAUGGACAAGUUACAGGUAUGGAAAGCAGACAUUUCAAGGACACUUGAAAUCACAGAAACUGAAAUUGAUUCACUUGAGCAUGAAUUGAAGUUGUUGAUUUCUGAUGGAGGUUCGUGUCCUUUUCCGGCUGCUUCCAGUUCUUCACCAACAGAGCGCAACAAUAAGAACCCUGGAAAAAGAUUUGUACAUUUGCCCCUGAAAAUCAUUUCUUCAGUAGAUAUGCUUAUGGAGAAGGCUGAUGGUUUUCUAGAAGAACGUACUGGAGCUGAAGAUUUGGACAGAAAAAGUCCAGGCACUGCAACUUCUAAACUUGUGAAACCUCUUGCUUUAUGCAACAAUGUUAAGCACCCUGAUGCAGUGGAACGAAAGGAUUCUCCUUCUAAUUUGGAUAUAAGAUCUGAGCAAGCUAAAUUUCCCCCACAUCAUGCCAAUGAUGACAUGGUAGGUGUUGUAAAUUCUUGCAGAGAUGGCAGUCAGGUUCCGACAGGCAGUGGUCAUACAAUUCCCAUUGGUGGUGAUGUAUAUUAUGGUAGUGAAAAUAAGUUAUGUGACAUGAUAUUGGCUUCAAACAGAGAUUUAGCUAAUAGAGCAUCUGAUGCAUUUAGUAAGAUGUUGCCGACCACACAUUUGCGUACCAAUAUUUCAAGUGCUACCGAUGUGUCAUUAAUUAAGAAGAAAAUGGUUAUGAGAAAGCGUUUUAUAAAAUUUAAGGAAAGGGUUAUCACUUUAAAGUUUCGGGCACUUCAGUACCCCUGGAAGGAAGAUCUUCGUUUGCUUUCUAUAAAAAGAUUUAGUGCGAAGUCACAAAAGAAGUUUGAAUUGAGCUCACGAAUGGGAUAUGCUGAUCAUCAGAAGCACGACUCCUCCAGUCAUUCUCGUUUAUCUUCUGCUGGAAGUUUGAGCCUGGUUCCAACCACGGAGAUAGUUGAUUAUGUGAAGAAGCUGCUUUCAGAUUCACAGAUCAAGAUUUACAAGAAUACGCUGAAGAUGCCAUCUUUUAUGUUAGACAAGAGGGAAUACAUUGCCUCAAGGUUCAUUUCGGAUAACGGAUUACUGGAGAACCCUAUUGAUGUUGAAAAGGAAAGAUCCAUUGUCAAUCCCUGGACAAUAGAAGAGAAGGAAAUCUUCUUGGAUAAGUAUUCUUUGUUUGGAAAAAACUUCAGAAAAAUUGCAUCUUUUUUGGAACACAAAACAAUUGCUGAUUGUGUUGAGUUCUAUUACAAGUAUCAUAAGUCUGAUUUUUUUCAGAAAACAAAGAAGAAUAAAAAAUUUGCAAAUGGGAAGUCUUAUACUGCUAAUAUCUAUUUGGUCACAUCUGGGAAAAGAUUGAAUCGAGAUACAAAUGCUACUUCCCUUGACAUGCUUGGUGCUGCUUCAGCAACGGUUGCCAAUAUGGAUGAUGGGAUGCAAAAGCAACAUAAAUACACAGCUAAUUGUUAUGUUGGCUCGUCUAGUGAUAAAAAACUUCCUGGUGGCGAUGUUGGCAUCUUAGAGAGGUCAAAUAAUUUUGCUAUGUCUUGUAAUGAGCAGGAAACAGCUGCAGCUGAUGUUUUAGCUGGGAUUUGUGGGUCUAUGUCAUCAGAUGCGUUAAGUUCUUGUAUUACAAGUUCGGUUGAACCUGGAAGGAGAUGCCAGAAAUUGGGUGGUUCUUCACUGCAUUUGACACCUGAGGGCACACUAGAUGAUGUUGAUGAGGAUACUUGUUCAGAUAACAGUUGUGGGGAAGAUAUGGAUCCUUGUGAUUGGAUGGAUGAAGAGAAGUCAAGUUUCAUGCAGGCAGUGCGAUCUUAUGGUAAGGAUUUUUCAAUGAUUUCAAGAUACAUGCGAACAAGAUCUACAGAUGAGUGCAGAGUGUUUUUUAGCAAGGCUCGUAAAUGUCUUGGAUUGGAUGUGAUCCAUCUUGAGGCUGGCAGUGAAGGUACAACCGGUGCCAACCAAGGGGGUGGGAGUGAUCAUGAAGAUGCUUGCGGGUCGGUUGUUUCCCAUGAUAAAUCUUCUUCGGAGUGUAAUAAGAUUGACCUGCACUCGUCUGAUAUCAGGGAAGAGCAUGCCGAAUCUGAUAGGAAUGGCUGUAGGGAGCCUGAGCUUAUGUUGGAGAAUUUGGUAUCCCAUGCAGAAAAAAAGCCUCAAGUAGAGUUGAUUGGAGAAAGUGGGUGUUCAAACCGUAAUUUGGAGGGAGCUGCUGACAGUGAAGCUACUGAAACCACCAACGCCCACCAAAAUAUGUAUUCUGAAGGGUCUGUUGAAGAAAUGAAUGACUACUCUUCUGCAACAGGUGUUGCCAAGGUGUCUGCUAAGAUUUGUAGACAAGGAAUUAGGGAAUCUGAGCAUCCGUUGCCUAGUUUCAAUGGCAAUACUAGUAGCUCAGUGAGAAGAUUAAGUUCAUGUCCAGCUGAAGAUCUCAAUUUUGCUUCCCAUUACUCUAGAGGUACUUGUCUGGAUUUAAGCAUUGAUCGUGGAAACAAUAUGGAGUUAAAUGCCUCUUCAGAAAAUGGGUUUCUGAUGCUGAAUUUCUUUCCCAAAGAUCCUGGAUUCGGGAAGACUCUUAGCCAGGAUGAUGUAUCAUCCAGAAGACUCUCUUUCAGGAAGAGUGGUGAUCAAAGAUGUUCAAGUAUGGAUGGUUAUCAUUUGCAUCUUUCGAAACGUUCCUUGCUUGAUUGUGAGGAAUCUUCCCAUAUUCUUCCUGUUAGCAUCCCUUCUGCUAAGGAAGGGAAGAAUGGGAGUUUAAGUUGGCAUGAACCACAAAGCAACUUUAAGUUGGAAGAAAUGGAUUGCUCUGUGUCCCAAGAACCGAGACAGAGUUGUUCCCUGGAAAGGCCACGUAGGAGUGGUGAUGUGAAACUUUUUGGUCAGAUUUUAACUAAUCUUUCUGGGUCGAAUGCAAAUGGUAGCGCAAGAGAGAGUAGUAGCAUUGGAAAACCAAAUGGUGGAAGGCUAUUCAACCUGGAGUUUGAUAAUGAUAAAAAGAAUGUUCCUCCAUCAAGGAGUUAUGGAUUUUGGGAUGGGAACAGAAUACAGACUUUGCCUGACUCAGCCAUGUUGCUGGCAAAAUAUCCUGCUGCUUUUAGCAAUACCUCUUCCUCCAAGUUCGAUUCUUGUUCUUUAAAUCAAACAUCAGACUAGAAAAGUAAAUUACCUUACCAUCAUGAGGAAGGUAAAGUUUGAGAUUGGGAUGGAAGGAAGGAAAGAAAGAAGAGCAACAAGAGAGUGCAUUAUGCAAAAACAACACAAAAUGGUGGUGAAGCUUGGUGAGUGUGUUUUAUGUAUUAUAUAUGUUCUGUUUGUUGUAGUAGGGAGGAUAGGAUAGGGUAGGGUAGGGUAGGAUGAUAGUAUGGGAUCUUUUUUGGAGGAUGCUACUUAAUAUAUAUAUAUGUUGUUGUAUUUAUCAAA